AUGGUAAGGGAGUGUGAACCAGCUCAGACACUAGCUGCAGCCGGGACGGAAGUUGAAUGCACCGAUAACUUGAAGAUUGACGUCGCCACCAAAACUGAGGAAGUCCCUGCGAGUACCACAGGCUCUAUGUCGGAUGAGGAUCCAACGCCUGAGGAGAAGAGCUGCCCACCACAAUCACGCAGUGUCAAGAAAGCACUUGAAGUCGAAAGCAAGGCGACCGUCGGCCAAACCCCUCGGCCGUCCGAUGUCAACACAGUUCCGAAGAGACUGUUCAUGACACCGGAAACCCCCGCGACGUCUGUCUCUGCGAGCGGUAACUCAUCUACUCUUUCGAAAAAGCCUGGCUUUGCACUGCGGUCGCUGGGGUCAGUGCUUGGGAAAAAGCAGAUGCUGCGAACCGCUUCGACCGAUUCCGGGUCCUCAGAACCAAAAAUGCCUCCAUCGGCUAGUGACGAUGACCUAAUACUCUCACCGCAUCCGAGGACCUCAACAGCAGCGAAACUCUCCCAAACUGCGAGAAGUGCAGACGGGUUCUUUGCUGGGCAGACUGCUCAGCAAUGGCAACAAAGUUCGGUCCAGAGGCCAAGUUCAGCCCCUCACCCGGAAAAGCCCGAGAAGCGCUUUGACCCAAAUUCGAGCUUCUUGAAUUCGAAGGGCAGAGGACAUUCCACGACGUCAUCAUCAGCACGGAAAAGUCGGGUUCGGAAUUUUAAGGCCCGCCUCGCUGCAGCGCUAAAGUAG